GGCCCGGGCGUCCAUUACGUCGAUUGCAGACAGCUUCGUUGAUUAUAAUACAAGCAUUAUAGUUUGUCGCUUCGCGUCUCUUGUCUGCAGUGGGUGUAAUAUAAUCGGUUGUAUAUGUAGCCUAAAUAGUUAGGAUUAAGGGAACGGAUUCGUUUAGUGAUAAAUAUGCUGUGAUUGUGAAGAUGAUGGAUAUUUCUGAAGACCCAGAAAACUCAUCUCUGCUUCACUCUAACUCGUCGGGAGAUAUACACGUGACCAUGGGGGACCAGUAUGGAAAUGCCAUCUUGCCCAGUAUUUUUGGGACCAUAUGUUUUUUUGGCAUCAUUGGAAAUUCUAUUGUCAUCUACACCAUCAUUAAAAAGACCAAAUGCCAAGCUAAACAAACGGUACCAGACAUUUUCAUAUUCAAUCUCUCUAUGGUGGAUUUGCUUUUCCUCCUCGGCAUGCCCUUUCUAAUUCAUCAGCUCCUGGGAAACGGAUCUUGGUGUUUCGGAGCCACUAUGUGCAAAGUCAUCUCUGCCCUAGAUUCGAACAGCCAGACAGUGAGCACCUACAUCCUCACAGUUAUGACCUUGGACCGUUAUGUGGCUACUGUCCACCCAUUCCGCUUUAACCACGUCCGGACAACCUGUGUCGCCAGUUGUGUGGUGGGGAUGGUGUGGGUGCUUUCUCUCAUCUCAAUUACUCCUGUUUUAAUGUACACUGGCUUGAUGCCUCUCCACAAUGGCCAGGUGGGAUGUGCUCUCCUGCUACCGAAUCCAUCCAUCAACAUCUGCCUGUUCACUAUCUAUCAGUUUGUGCUGGUGUUCGCCCCACUCAUGAUUAUCUGUGUGGUGUUCUCUAAAAUUUUGAAGCACAUGUCUACCACAGUGGCACCUCUUCCCCCGAGGAACCAACAAGUGCGCACUAAAAGUGUGACUCGGAUGGCUGUGGCCAUCUGUUUGGCCUUUUUUAUCUGUUGGGCUCCGUACUACAUCCUUCAGCUUGUCCAUCUGGGAAUACAGAAACCCAGUGCCUCGUUUUAUUAUGUCUAUCACGUUGCCAUUAGCAUGGGUUACACUAACAGCUGCAUUAAUCCUUUUCUUUAUAUUAUUCUGAGUAAGACCUUUAAAAGGCAGUUUAUAGUGGCCAUCCAGCCUGCACACAACAACUUUCGGGUCAACACGAGUAGCACGGAGGCCACUGUGUCUCUCCGUCUGGCCGCAGACUGCCAAAGACAUUUACCUGCUAACACCUCAGAGUAAUACACUAAUGUUUUUUUUUUGUUUGUUUUUUUUUUUUUUUUCCUUAAAACAACCUAAUUGAAGCAUUGAUCAACCUUACACGAUUAAAAUAAAAUAGAAGGAUUCAAAAAAUAAAAAGGAAAAAACAAAGUGAUGGAACAAUAGAUCAACAUUUUAUCAUCUCUAUGUGCUGUGCGUGUAUUUGCAUUAUGCAUUUGGAUUAUGUAUUUAUACAUCAUCACUUUAUGUUGACCAUGUUUACUAGGGGAAAAACUGUGAAUAUAAUUGUGUACAACUGAAUGUUUAUUUUUUAUUUUUUAUUUGAUCCCUUGAAAUAUUAAUGUAAUUUAUGUAAACUGUGUGUGUUUUAGUGGAACAGAAAACAAUUUAGCAGUAAGCAUUGAGAAUUGUUAAUGUGCUUGAAAUUUUGUUGUGGUGACUGUUGUUUUGGCAGAUACCCUACCGCAGUUACUGUAUAUAGAAAAGUCAAAAGCCAGUGUUUUUAAAUCACGCAUAAAGAAAAUAAUAAAAUUACCAUAUGUUGUUAAGCAUUGAUAUGAGUAUGCUUCUGUAUAAUCAAGUCAAGUGUAAUUUAAACUUACACACUAAAAUUAAUAAAAAGUCUUUCUACACAAUAGUAUCAACUAGGUACUAUGCUUGUUUUGCAGAGGAAUUAAU